UGGAUUCGCGGACAAAAACUUGAGACUUAACUUAAAAUUCAAAUCUUCAAACAUGACGAUCACGCACGCGGACGGCGGUCUCGCUUGUGUGCGUGUUCCCAGUGGCUCCCACCACCUCAAUGCUAGCCGGCUCGAUCUUUUAUCACCGGCACGGUCUCGAUUAGCACAGUGAUACGGAGAAUCUAGACAAAUUCUAUUUACCAUUUGUUGUUAAUAUAGUCUAAACUCUUUUAUGCGCAUGCUUCUUUUCGUUUUUGCUGUUCAAUUUGAUGUCCUGUUCAAAUUUCAAUCUGUUAUUAGCAGUUCAGGCGUUAAUACGUUUCUCAACAUGUAUCUUCAUAUACAUGUUGUACGACGUCUCUAAGAACAGCAUAUUUCUAACAUCAAGAUCGAGAACUUAAGAAAAAAAAAAUUUACCGUAGUUGGAAAGAUCCGAGAGCGAAAACAAAUAGAAACUAAUACGAAAUUUGAAAGUACAUCAAACAUACUUGACAGUAUUUUAUAUUACAAAACAUGAUCAUAACAAUAAUAUUAUUAGUAAUUGUUUUUACAUUAAUAUAUGAUUUUUAUUUACAUCAUACAAAAAAUGGGCGACUUAUCGAUCUUAUACCAGGUUUACCUGGUCUUCCAGUUGUCGGCUCGGCACUUAUGGUUCAAGGUUCACAAGAAGAUGUAUGGAAUCUGAUACGUUUUUACACCGAAAUUAAAUAUCCCAUUUUUAAAAUUUGGAUGGGUCCGGUGGCUGCUGUAUCCAUUCGUCAUCCAGACGAUCUAGAGAAAGUCUUGAACACUACAAAACAUAUCACAAAAAGUAAAAUAUACGACUUUUUACGUCUGUGGCUCAACGACGGUCUUCUUACGAGCACAGGCAGCAAAUGGCACAAUCGACGAAAAUUACUAACGCCUGCAUUUCAUUUCACAAUAUUGAGACAAUUUCUUGACAUUUUAAUUGAGGAAAGCGACCGCAUGAUAAAAUCUCUAAAAGACAAUGAAGAACCAGUUAUAAAAGAUUUAGUCCCAUUUCUUAGCAAACAUACACUAAACGCAAUAUGCGAAACUGCCAUGGGUAUUUCGUUGCACAGUUUAGACACGUUCCAGGAAAAGUAUCGAAAAUCAAUAGAGGACAUGGGACAUUUUGUUAUUCACAGAAUACAAUGUCCUUGGCUGUAUUCCGAUUUGAUCUUCGCAUUAUCGCCAACUGGUAGAAAACAAGCUAAAACGUUAAAGAUAUUACAUGGAUUUACUGAGAAAGUCAUUAGGGAAAGAAAACUUUAUCACGAACGUACAGGAGGUCGAUAUUUAAAAAACAUUGAAAAUAACAUAUCGACAGAUGACGUAGAAGUGACCGGAAUUCAAAAGAAGCGACUCGCUAUGUUGGAUCUUCUAAUAGCGGCAUCUCGAGAAAAUCAUAUAACCGAUUUGGAUAUAAGAGAAGAAGUCGACACUUUUAUGUUCGAGGGUCACGAUACUACGGCAAUGGGUGUGUGUUUUGCGUUGCUAUUAUUAGCUGAACACAAGGAUAUUCAGGAUCGUGUUAGAACCGAAAUUAAUGAUGUGAUGAAAGAGAAUAAAGGAGAAUUGACUAUGGCAUCCUUAAACAACCUAUCAUAUUUAGAGAGAUGUUUGAAAGAAUCGUUGCGAUUGUAUCCCAGUGUACAUUUCAUAUCCCGCCUUAAUUCAGAAGAGAUACAAUGUCAGUCGUAUACGAUUUCAGCUAACACAAUUUUGCACCUUAAUAUCUAUGGCGUCCACAGAGAUGCUAACUUCUGGCCGAACCCGGACGUAUUCGAUCCGGAUCGAUUUUUGCCUGACCAAAUGCAAAAUCGCCAUUCUUAUUGCUACCUACCGUUCAGUGCGGGACCACGGAAUUGCAUAGGUCAACGGUUCGCUAUGUACGAAAUGAAGGCUAUGAUCGCAUCUCUAAUACACCACUUCUACAUAGAGCCUGUAGAUCUUUUGAAGAAUCUAAAAAUUAAAGCAGAUUUGAUACUUCGUCCUGCUCAUCCGGUUCAUGUAAAAUUUGUGCCAAUCAAAAAAUAUCAGGACAAUUAAGAUAAUUUUCGGAAUAAAAGUUUUGCAUAUAUAAAUAAACUUGAUAUAUUAGAUUAUAAAAAUUAAGGAUUAUAUAAAAUAUUUUACUUAUAAAAUGAUUGUUACUUACUAGUGACAAUCUCAUGUAUGAUUGCAUAUAUAAAUACGCAAAACUGAAUAUAAUAUGUAUUAAUAAACGAAGAACGUUUUAUCUUCGAUUUCAAUGCAAUUAUGUUCAAAGAGUAAAAUCAUAUAUGUCGCGUGCAGAAACACAAGUAUUUUGUAAAAAUUGUGUGUAAUUAAAGUUGUUGAAUAUGUUUUAAAUAAAGUGGUGUAAAUAACCUACCUAA